AGAUGAUGUCCCUUGUCAGUUUAACAUGUGUUGGUUUGUCCAUCCUACUGUCUGUUGUUUCUUCUCAAAUGAUGGUUCACUACCCUAUGGAUAUGGGCAACUAUGUUGAUUACAGACAAGAUUUAGCUGGCGACCUUCUAAAACACAGAUAUGAAAUGGCUUCUAACUUGUACAGUGAAAAUAUCUACCCUGCUUCUUUAGGCAUUCCUCAUGCUGGUUUUGGAAUUUCUCAUGUUGUUCGCGAUCCACUCUUUGGAAGUCCCAUUGUUAGAGAUCCUUUGAUGAUGGGUGUUCCCCAGCAAACUGUAUAUGUACAGGCACCUGCUAAUACUGUUGCUACCGGACAGCAAGUUGUUCAGCCAACAAGGAGAAUUGUGCAACAAGUAAAAACUCAGCCUAAGCAAUUGGAAUUACCUAGAGAGAAUUUUACAGAGAAAGAAUUAUAUGAGGAAGAGGAAACAAUAUUUCAGGUCUCAACUGAAGCAAUUUAA